CAAGAUGUCGGCGUACGGCGGCAGAGCCUCACUUCCGCCCGUGCGGGAAACCCCGCAGCGGAUAUAGCAGCUCCUACUUCCGGCGGGGCCCCUUUUCGGUCGCGUCUGCCUCCACGCCAACAUGCCUCUGGCGAAGGAUUUGCUGCACCCUUCCCCCGAGGAGGAGAAGAGGAAGCACAAGAAGAAGCGGCUGGUGCAGAGCCCCAACUCUUACUUCAUGGACGUCAAAUGCCCUGGUUGUUACAAGAUCACGACGGUGUUCAGCCACGCGCAGACCGUGGUGUUGUGCGUGGGCUGCUCGACCGUGCUGUGCCAGCCCACGGGGGGCAAGGCCAGGCUGACAGAAGGCUGCUCCUUCAGGCGAAAGCAGCAUUAGGGAGUGGGGACGGCUGCGACUGCAGACCCCCAGAGCAGGGGCGGCCCCACGGAGCUGCCCGGCCCGCCCCCGGGGGUGG